AUGGGCACAUCAUUACCACUUCUUCGUCAAGCCCCCGGCAUGGACGACACUAAAGUCCCUAAGGUUUCGAACUCUUAUACGGGUGCUCGCCAUGCCCCCAUGAUGGAGUACGAUCCUCAAGACCGCUCUCGUCGCGCCGCCAGUGUAUUAUCUAUGGACGACCUCGAGGCGGCGCAAGCCCUCGAAGGCCUUCGUUCCGAUUUCGGUCACUCCCCACGAGCAUCACAGACCAUCUCAGUAGCUUCACCGGACCCUCCACAGCCGGAACCUCUUCUUUCCCUCUUAACCUCCUCUCACCCGCUGAUCUCCUCGACUAUCUCCAAAUCCGUCUCCGCAUAUACCUCUUCCAAAUCUUACUCGGCGCGUUUCAAGUCCGGCGCCGAGUUCAUCGAGCGCAACAUUGGCUCGCCCGUCGCGAAUACCGUUGGAACGGUUGGACGGAAAACCGGUGUCGAGAGUGGAUUGCGCUGGGCGCUUCAGCGAAGGGAAUCGACUACCGACUCGAACCCCGCUAGCAAACGUCGCAAGGUAGCGGGGGAACAAAUGGAUGUCGAACAAGGUGCCGAGAUCACCCAUCAGCCCCGCACGCGAAGCUCCUCAGAUCUCUCCAUGGCCGACACUCUCCCGCCUUAUGACGACACGAGAUCCCCUAGCUAUGAGGAAAAGCCCGGGCGGCUGGCUCCGCCCACCUGGCAGAGUCGGCUAGUUAUUUCGACUUCUGGACUUGGUGUCGCAAUGAGCGAGGAGUCGUUGCGCAGUCUGACGUAUUGUCUAGCCUGGCUUCGGUGGGCGAAUGGACGUCUUGGUAGAGCGAUCGUAGCUCUGCAGAAUGCCGUAACAGAGUGGGAGAAUCACAAGGCCCGCUUACGACAACAGAGCGACGCCGAGAAUGGCGAGCGAUCGAACAGUCCCGAGAAUGCGUCUCUUCUCACCCAGCGCAUUCAAGCCGUCAAGGAAGAUGUGCUUUCAACAUUGAAACAGGUUGUCGAUGUCGUGUCCAAGUACGCUGGAGGUGCUUUGCCCGAGAACGCCCGUCACUUGGUUCGCCGACACUUGACAUCCCUGCCUCACCGAUUCCAAAUGGCCAGCACAUCGCAGCCGCCUCCCGACUCCCCCGCAGCGUCAUCGGAUGCCACUAUCGGCGCUCAUCGAAUUCUAGUCCUGGCCAACGAAGGUCUGGAUAUCUUGGGACAGGUCAGUGGCGUGGUCAACGACACCCUGGUAAGUGCAGAGCACUGGUGUGAACGCCUGGGACGAAAACGCCCCGAGAACAAAUCCGCACAGGAUGCGGAGAAGGAACAGCCCCUUGCGCCGGACGCUCAACCGUACGGUAUGGACAUCAAGCAGCCUAUCGUCACCGAGGCUGCUCGGGAGGAUGUUCAGAUGACGGGUACCGAGAAAACAUGA